UGUAGUCCGCUGCCCCCUUCCACGACACGUUUUCUCUUGCUCUAUUUACUCUUUCAAGCUCUUACAACUCAGGGCGUGUGAACGAAUUAGUUGCUAAUCUUACAUAUUCAGCACCCAAUUUACUAUCAAAAUCUGCUUAUCACUUGUAGCCAACCAUUCUAUCUGUUUUAUUUUCUUCAAAAUAUAUAAGCUUUAAUAUAUCGAGCAGCUUAAACAGCCAUGACCAUAGCCAUUCAGAAAUGGCUUCUCUUUCUUUUUCUGCAUAUACAUCUUCAUGGUCUCAUCCUAGCGCAGCUGCCUGAUUUACGAUACUCUUCAUGUGGUAACAAUGGUAACUACACUGAAAAUAGUACAUACCAGAACAAUCUUAACAAACUCCUCUCUUCCCUUUCCUCAAAUAUGGAUAAAUAUGGUUUCUAUAAUGCUUCCAUUGGCCAAAACAUUGAUACGGCCAGUGCUAUUGUGCUAUGUAGAGGAGAUGUGAAGGUGGAAGAAUGUCGCGGUUGUGUCAAUAACGUUUCUCAAAAGCUGGUACAGUUAUGUCCUAACCAGAAAGAAGCUUUUGGUGGCUAUGAUGAAUGUAUGUUACAGUACUCGAAUCAAUCCAUUCUAGGCACUACCUCAUUUUCUACUAAAUAUUACUUGUGGAAUUCUGGGGAUGCUUCAAAACCUGAGGAGUUUAACCAGGAGCUGAGAAAAUUAUUGGAUGAUUUGCGAGGCCAAGCUGCAGGUGGUGGUCCUCUUCGAAAAUAUGCUAGUGGUAAUGCCACCGGUCCAAAUUUUCAGACUAUAUAUGCACUUGCGCAGUGUACUCCUGAUUUAUCUCCUCAGAAUUGCGUCGAUUGUUUAACUGACGCUUAUGGAGAUAUGCCUAAUUGUCCCUGCAAUGGCAAGAGGGGUGGCAGAAUCAUAGGGGUUAGGUGCAAUUUCCGCUAUGAAAGUUCCCGUUUCUUUAAUGAGGUGCCGUUCGAAGCUCUGCCACCUACAGGGAAUGAUGACAAAACAGUUCCAAUAGGGAAGGAUGAUGGAACAGCUCCAACAGGGAAAGAUGAUAAAACAGCACGAACUGUCAUCAUCAUCGUCGUGCCAAUUGUUGCAGUUGUUAUUCUUAUAGUUUGUAUUUAUGUCAUCUGCAUGAAGAUGCGAAAGAGAAAGCUGGUGGACGAAAUUCAGAGUAUACGCGGGGAUGAUAUUAGCACCGCAGAAUCCUUGCAAUAUGAUUUUUCUACAAUUAGAGCAGCAACAGAUAACUUCUCAAAUGCUAAUAAGUUGGGACAAGGCGGAUUUGGUCCUGUGUACAAGGGUAAGCUUUCAAAUGGGCUAGAAGUAGCAGUGAAAAGAUUGUCAGCAGACUCAGGCCAAGGUGAUCUAGAAUUCAAAAAUGAGGUCUUGUUGGUUUCUAGGCUUCAACACAGGAAUUUGGUUAGGUUGCUGGGAUUUUGCCUAGAUGGAACAGAGAGACUUCUUGUCUAUGAAUUUGUUCCUAAUGCAAGUCUUGACCAGUUUUUAUUUGAUCCAAUUAAGCGUAGGCAACUGGAUUGGGAAAGGCGAUCAAAAAUCAUAGGGGGCAUUGCUAGGGGAAUUCUUUAUCUUCAUGAAGAUUCUAGACUUCGGAUCAUUCAUCGUGAUCUUAAAGCUAGUAAUGUUUUACUAGAUGCAGAAAUGAAUCCCAAAAUCUCAGAUUUUGGCAUGGCAAGGCUAUUUACAUUGGAUGAAACUCAAGGCAACACAAGCAGAAUUGCUGGGACCUAUGGAUAUAUGGCACCAGAAUAUGCGAUGCACGGACAAUUUUCAGUCAAAUCAGAUGUUUUUAGCUUUGGAGUACUAGUCUUAGAAAUUUUAAGUGGCCAAAGAAACACUUGUUUCAGAAAUGGAGAAUCUGUGGAAGACCUUCUGAGCUAUGCUUGGUCGAACUGGCGCGAAGGAACAGCUACAAAUUUGAUAGACCCCAUGUUGAGGGGAAGCACGGGACUGGCUCGUGACAUAAUGAGAUCCAUCCACAUUGCUUUAUUGUGCGUUCAAGAAAAUGUGGCAGAUAGACCAACUAUGGCUGCAGUAGUUCUCAUGCUCAGUAGCCUCUCUUUGAGUCUUCCAGUUCCUUCAGGGCCUGCAUAUUAUAUGCACACUGAUAUUAGCGCAGAGACUUCGCUUAUUCAAGAAUACAAUUCAAGAAUGUCAGAAUCUAGUGAACUAGCCAAAAGUAAAUCUGUUUCUUCAUCACGAAAUGAGGCGUCGAUGACUGAGUUAUAUCCUCGUUAACAUUCUUAGUCAUAAUUAGUUGCCUUUUUCUUUGUUUUCCCAUUUACUUUGUUAUUUUGUUCAAACUCCAAAUAGUUUGGGAUUGAGAUUGAUUAAUUAAGGAUUUUGUGUUUUGUCACAAAGUUUAAAUUUGUUUCGUAGGUAUUACUCGAGUAAAUUUCAUAGUUGGUCAUUCA